AUGAAAUAAAGUGGACUAUUGCCGUAUUUCAAUUCUGAGUUCUCAAACUAACAAACCCAGAAAACAGAAAGGGAAAAAUCGAAAACCACUUCCUAAAAAUAAGAACAUAAGGGAGAAGUGUAUUCCUUAAGUCCCUUGUAACUCACCUAAAAUACAAUCCCGGUUGACUAAAUUGAAUUCUAGGGUUAGGUGUAGAAUAACAAUUAAACAAAAUAUAAUUGCUCUGUCUCCUCUUUUCACUAUUCUUUAACAAAGACUUAACUCAUAUAAACAACUAUAAAAGUAUUCCAUGAGAAAUAUAAAGUUAUGAAGAUUUUAAAAGAAAAUAAAUUGUGUCAAAUUGUAUAAUGUAAAAAUAAAUAAACUAAAGAAUUAUUUAUAGCAAAAAUCUGUAUCAAGUGGCAAAAUUCUUAAAUCGUCAGCGAAAUUGGAGUUUCCAAGACUUUAUUAAAGUAGCCCCAUUCAAGUUUAAUGAAGUUAUAAGAAAUGUUUACUGACUAGGAUACUCACAUCUUUAUAUAUGAGUAUAUGAAAGGAGGUACUCUAUUAGAAUACAUUCAAAAGAGAUAACUUAAAUUAGAUGAAAAGGAGAUUAGAUCUAUAUUUAAAUAGCUCCUUAAAGCCUUAAAACAUUUACAUUCUCUUAAUAUUAUACAUAGAGACCUAAAAUUAGACAAUAUUAUGUUUAAAGUAAAAGGAGAUGUCAAAUCGCUAAAACUAAUUGAUUAUGGGUUUACAACAUUUUUGUCAGACACCAAGAAUAUGGAAUUCAGAUGUGGAACUCCUGGUUAUGUUGCCCCAGAAAUCUUUUAAGAAUAGAUACUAUACAAUUAACUAUGUGACAUUUAUAGUUUAGGAGCUAUAGCGCACAUUCUAGCUACUGGAAAGCGUAUAUAUUCUUCAAAUUUGACUUCAAAAGAAAUAUGUGAAUUUAAUAAAAAAAACCAAUAUGAAAUCAGUGAGAAUCUCAAAUGUCCUUUGUUGUUAGAUCUUAUUACUUAAAUGCUAAAAGAAUUCAGUAAUAGACCAUCGGCUUAAGACUGUUUAAUACAUCCCUAUUUUAUAAAACUAUCAUCAUUAAAUUAGUCUUAAGAACGAAUAAAUUAAUAAAUAUAUAAUCUUGCCUUUCCAUAAUUUAAAAAUCCUUUUUAAUCUGUUGAAUAAUGUAAAUGAUUCAGUAUAAAAUACUAUCUUAUAAUAUAAAAUAAAUAAA